AUGACCCAUUUAAACACUGCUGUUUCAGAAUUACAGCCUAGUAUAAAUACCAGUCACUCCCCCAUGACUACAAGUUCUUAUACUCAUGGUUUUGAUGAUUUAAACCCAAAGUUAAUUGAAGUUCUGAAUAACUUAUACAGAGAAAAUAUUACUACUAAUCUUAUGCUCAAUCGUGUGUUGUACAAAUGGAUUCAAUCUGAUAGAGAAUCAAAUCCAAAACUCUUCAGAUUUUGUUUCAAAAUUGAAUCAUUUUUAAAGUCAGUUGGAGGUACUAAUCCCAAAAACCAUUUAAAUAGAGUUUUGGCUAAAGUUUAG